UGUCGUAAAGCCCGGCCCAGGAAACUUUACCCGGGGUAACAGCCGAGGCGCUUUACGGCGACGGCGGCGGAGUGAGAGGCUCAGCGGCGGUGGAGGCGGCGGCGGCGGCUGAGGGGGAAGAGGAGUGGCGGCAGUGGCGGCGGGGACCUGUGCGGGGAUGGCGGAGGUACCGCCUGGGCCUAGCAGCCUCCUCCCACCGCCCGCACCGCCGGCCUCGGCGGCGGCCGAGCCCCGCUGCCCCUUCCCGGCGGGGGCCGUCCUCGCCUGCUGCAGCGAGGACGAGGAGGACGACGAGGAGCACGAAGGCGGCGAGGCGGCGGCCCCGCGGCGCCCGUGCCUCCGCUGCCCGGCGCCGCCGCAGGAGCAGCAGCAGCUCAACGGCUUGAUCGGCCCCGAACUGCGGCACCUCCGGGCGGCCGCCUCCCUCAAGAGCAAGGUUCUGAGCGCCGCGGAGGCGGCGGCCGCCGGCGGCCCCAGAGCGACUGCCACCCCGGGGCCCGGCGUGCGCUCCGGCGAGAGCCCCCCGCGCUGCCUCCCCGGCCGCGCACGGACUGCGCUGCCUGUCCCGGCCGAGGCGGCGGCGAGCGGCCCCGCGGCGGCCCGCAACGGACUGGCGGGGGGCGCCGAGCGGGAGCAGGACGACGGCGGGCAGGUGCGGCUGCUGGCUGCGUCCCUGGCCGCCGGCUGCAGUUUGAGAAGCCCCUCAGGCCGGGAGGUGGAGCCUGGGGAGGAUCGGACGAUACGCUAUGUCCGAUAUGAAUCCGAGCUGCAAAUGCCCGAUAUCAUGAGACUGAUCACCAAAGAUCUGUCUGAACCCUACUCCAUUUAUACCUAUAGAUAUUUUAUCCACAACUGGCCACAGCUGUGCUUCUUGGCCAUGGUAGGGGAGGAGUGUGUAGGUGCCAUCGUUUGCAAGUUGGAUAUGCACAAAAAGAUGUUCCGCAGAGGUUAUAUAGCCAUGUUAGCUGUGGAUUCCAAAUACAGGAGAAAUGGCAUUGGUACUAACUUGGUUAAGAAAGCUAUCUAUGCCAUGGUUGAAGGAGACUGUGAUGAGGUUGUUUUGGAAACAGAAAUAACCAAUAAGUCUGCUUUGAAACUUUAUGAAAAUCUUGGUUUUGUUCGAGAUAAGAGGCUGUUCAGAUACUAUUUAAAUGGAGUUGAUGCACUGCGACUUAAAUUGUGGCUGCGUUGAGAAACUGACAUCGAGGAACAACUGUCCAACCACGCAGAAUUGACCUUUGCAUGCAAUGCAAUUUGUACAGAAUUGCUUUGCAGGUGGAUUUAGUAAUUUCCAUGCAGCUCUUAUCUGUCGGUGUCUCAUUGAGUGUCGCACAAUAUUUGUUGCACUUUGGCAUGGCGCAUUUGUUCUGAAUUAAAAGAGAUUGUUUUAAACUUAGAGAGUUCUUUUGGUACCAACAAAAUGUGCCAGUUGAUAGCCAAGAUUUGUUUAUUUGCAAAGUCUGCUGACAAUGUUAUUUACACAGUGAUUGUUUUAUCACAGAACCAGUAAGUGGAACAUGAUUUUUGUUCCUUAAAAAAGCCAACGUAGAUUGUAAAAUUCUCUGAGUAUACUAACAUUACACGUGAAACCUGCCAUAGUUUUCUGAAGGGGAUGGGAGAAAGCUUCAAUUUUAGGUUUUAUUUUUCCAAUAUUAAAUUUUCCAUUCUUGAAUAUUGGUACCUCAGUGAUUAGUGAAUGAAUAAAAUGUUAUGUAGGGUCGGGUGUGUCUUACAGUGAGUAAAGAUAAUUAAAUCGCGUCUGCCAGUGCCUGUGUAGAUAAGUAUAUUUGUCUUCAUCUCUAGUUUUUGAAUGCAUGCUAUCUUUUCCUUUUCUUUAAGGCCUUUGCAAGCAAACUUUUUUGUUUUUAUUUAAAUUCUAAAUUUGAUAAUAAAUUAUUUCAGAUUUUUAUAAUUUGGAUACUUUUUCCAGGUGAGUGGCAGAGUGGUUUACUUUAGAAGUCCCUUCUUUCCUUACAGUAAGAAGUUGAAUCUACUUGGAAAAUCUGAGAAAUGGCUCAAAAGGGAUGAGAAAAGUUAAUGGAGCCGGGAAUUGCUGGGUUUUGGAUGCACUUUUUUUUUUUUGUGAGGGAAUUUUUGGAAAAGGAUAGAAAAUUAAUGUAAAUUGGUAUGAUUUUAUUUAAUCAAUUAUUGCUAAGCUGUGAAGAACAGCUUUUACAAAGUAGUUGGACCUCUUUUCCCAGGUGAUUUGGAUUCACGUUUCUUCCAUUUCUUAAAAGUGUUUCACUUUUCGUUCUUGGUCUUGGAAAUAAAUUUCAAGGUUUAUUGUAUCUGUUUUAAACUGAUUUUAUUUUCUUUUCACUUAUUUGAGCAAAUUCUUGGGGGAGCUUUGCUUUGUUCCCAGAAAAGCAAAAGGGAGAAAUGGAAAUUUUUUUUGGAAUGAGUUCUAUGGGUUUUCUUAAUUGCCGUCACUGUGUUCCUUAGUUACAUUGUCUUUUGGCCAAUCUGUGCAGUGUAAUAAAAUUUAAAGUUAAUUGCUUUCAAUUGAGUCAGGAAAACUGUGAUGGAUAAUUUAUGUAACUGGAAAACCUAGGUACCCAUAAAAAAAAAAUUCAUUCUCUGUGAAAAAUGUUUUGUAGGAAUCUGUUGUUUUUUCUUGAAUUUGGAUAUGCUUUACUUCUGCUUCUAGGAUUUGGUUUGAAUUUUAUUUUAUGGCUAUAAUUACUGUAUUUUAAAAAACCCUACCUCCAUUAACAGUUGGUAAAAGCCCCCUUUCAGGAAAGUUUGUUGCCUUUUUUUUUUUUUUUUUUUUUUUUAAAGGAAAGCUGCUCCUUGCUCAGUGUAGUGUCUUGAAAGUGAACAUGGUAACAAGUACCUUUAAAAUAAAGAUACACAGACUUGGUGAAAAUAAAAUCUUCCUGCUGGUGGGAUCAUUUAUAUUUAUAGUUUCUUAUUUUUAAAGAAAACUUUUUCUUUUCAUUUUAUAUCGCUCUUGAAAGUUUAAUGGGCAGAAUACUGGUUACAUUAAAAAUAUGAUGACCACACAAUAUUCAGUGUAUUUUUAGUUAAACUUCAUUUGGGCUCUAGCAUUUAGAGGAAUGCCAAUCAGUGAUGCUUUAGUUAUUUUUAAUAUGGAGGGAACUGAACUAAAUAAAACAAUUCAGUAUUCGUGUUAUCAAAUUUUAUUUCACCACUUUAUAUUUGACUUGCUGGUUCCUAGGUAAUGAUUGUUAUAAACAUGCAUUUGCUUGACUCACUAAUGGGAACAGUUCUAAAGUAGAUACGUGCUAGAUUUGCAGUUCAACCAUUAUGUUUUUGGCAGGUUGUCAAUGAAACCAUCUCUACUGACCUUUCCCCCCAGAAUUGACCAAGUUUUGCUGAAUCUACUGGGUGUUUGUAAACAUGACCUUAACCAUGUGACUAAAAAGUCAAAUGGUCACUGUAUUGUUCAACUGGAGUGUGUUGAGUAUCAUUGUCUACCUUAUGUCUUUAAUUGGGUAUGCAAAAUUUUAAUCUCUAGCUUGAUAACCCAGCACCAAAAUUGUCUCCCUUCCAGUUGAAGGAACAUCAAACAUUAUUUUUUGAUAUUGGGCUUUCAUUUUUCUUAUAUAAUCUUAAAACAAUUCCAUUUAAAAUUGAUAGAGUAAGUUCACUUGGCUAAAACUGAGCAAAAUUGGUGCAACUUUCUUUUAAUGGGGUGCUGUCUCUUUAAGACUGACUGUACUAUCCACUGACACUGGUUUGGCAGUUGGUACUGCUGAACAUUUUUAUACAUGCUACCAUGAAGCUAUAUAUGUUAGUAUUGAAGAAGCUAACGGGUAUACUACCAUUUUGAUGUGUGGGCUAAUUAUAUUUCCCUUAUGUUAGGAUGAAACUGCUCUAGAGAAGUCCACAGGUCAAAAAUCAGACAGUAGUUUCCAAAGUCGAAGCCAGCAAAAUAAAAAAAGAAAAAAAAUUACUAUUAAGAAAUUGGUUUUAAUAUUUUCUGCCUCUUCCCCAAAUUACCCUCCCCACUUGCUCGACAAAUCUAUGUAAAGGAAUUUGUUUGUCACAUGUUUUAACUAUCUUGCCCUGUGUUAUAGUAUUGGCUGACAUGUGUAAGACUGGAUGUGUAUAUUUAUUAUGGUGUCUAGAAAUCAUGAAGUUCAUCGCUUCCCAGGAGCAUAGAUAAAAGCAGAUCGGUGGCACAUCAGAGUUACUUUUCAGUGCACCAUGACAUCACUAAAUGAGUGCUAUAAUGUUACAGGGCUUUCAGGUUUGUAAAAACAUAACCAUAAAUUAUAUUGACGUCAGAUAUGAGUUGAGUAUCUAUAAGAUAUCACAUGUAUCUCAAAAUCUUGGACUGCUGUUUGAUGACUGGAUAUUGCUGCAUAAUUUUCUUCUAUUGUCCCGUAUCCUUUUGGAGAGAGAGAUUUAAUGGGAUUUGAAAUGUGCAAGCUGUCUGAAUAAGAUGCAGUCAAAUAAAGUAUGGUUAAGUUGUGUUUGCAUUUUUCUUUUA